AUGUUCGCCCCAACCGCGCGUCUGCUGCAGCGCGCCUGCCGACUCACCCUCUUCACGCGCCAGGGCUGCGCGCUGUGCGACAAUGCAAAGGGCGUGCUGUCAAACGUGUGGGACAAGCGCCCCUUCGAGUACACCGAGAUCGACGUCAUGGCGCCCGGCCAGCAGAAGUGGAAGGACGUCUACGAGUUCGACACGCCCGUGAUUCACGUGGAAAAGAUGCCGGCAAACGACGGCCAGGAGACGACCACUGCAGCACCGAAGUUGAUGCAUCGCUUCAAAGAAGAGCAGGUCGAGGCGCUGAUGGAAGAGGCGGAGAAGGACACGACCGAGUGA